GGGCGGCGCCUGCCUUGCAAAGGGUUAACCGGGUCCCAGCCUUCCGCGGAGGCUCAUCCCCGCCCUUCUUCUCAGCCGCCCUCCUGCUGCCCUGCCCGCCGGGCUGCUGCUUUGGCUUCCUUUCCUUCCCGCAGCGUUUUUGCAGAGGCUCCUCUAUGGCUUUGACCCGCGCCGAGCGCUGCCUGGUGCAGGUGCUGCGCGGCUUCUCGCGCCUCUUCCUGGCGUUGCUCAGCCUGGCGCUGCGCGUCUCCAGCCUGCUGCGCUGGAAAGCCAAGGGCGCCCCAGGAUCUCGCCCUGCCCGGCGCACCGUCCCGCCGCCCGGCCAGCCGCUGCUGCUCCUUUCCGCCGGGGAGCUGGCCAGGCGCAUCCGCCGCAGGGAGUUGAAGUGCAUCGAUCUCCUUGAAACCUACAUUGAGCGGAUCAAGCAAGUGAACCCACUCAUCAAUGCAAUUGUUAAAGACAGGUUUGAGGCCGCCCUGCAGGAGGCACAGGUUGUUGAUCAGCUGCUGUCUGACGGACAAGAAGAUGAAGAAUCACUCCAGAAAAAAUUCCCCUUGCUGGGCGUUCCUGUCACUGUCAAAGAAGCCUUUGCGUUAUAUGGGAUGCCCAAUUCCUCUGGGCUGGUUAACCGACGUAACCUGAUCUCCACCACGGACGCUAUUGUGGUAUCCCGGUUGAAGCAAGCAGGCGCAAUUCCCCUGGGGGUGACCAACUGCAGCGAGCUGUGCAUGUGGUUCGAAUCAAGCAACCGUGUCUACGGCCGAUCUAACAAUCCCUAUAACCUCGACUGCAUUGUAGGAGGCAGCUCAGGAGGUGAAGGUUGCAUUUUAGCAGCUGCUGGUUCUGUGAUUGGUAUCGGCUCAGACAUCGGGGGCAGCAUCCGUAUGCCCGCCUUCUUCAAUGGGAUCUUUGGACACAAACCCAGCACAGGGGUGGUGCCCAACGACGGCCAGUUUCCUGAUGCGGUUGGCAAUCGUACAAACUUCCUGUGCACGGGACCUAUGUGUCGUUAUGCGGAAGACAUGGAACUCCUGUUGAGAGUCAUGGCUGGACCAAACAUUUCCAAACUGAAGCUGGAUGACCCGGUAUCUUUGCAGAAUAUAAAGUUUUAUUCCAUGGAACACGACGGAGGCUCCAUUUUCCUCUUACCGGUCGAUAAAGAGAUUCUCCAAGCUCAUCGGAAAAUGGUGGCACACUUAGAGACGGACCUGGGGAUUCAGGUGGAGAACGUGGCCAUCCGCAAAAUGAAAUAUUCCUUCCAGAUCUGGUCAGUUAUGAUGUCUUCCAAGAGCAGUAAUAAUCAGGAAAAUCAAACCUUCAUCGAUUUGCUUGGAGACCAUGGAAAACCAGUAUGGCUAUCAUGGGAACUGGUAAAAUGGAUGAUGAGACUCUCUUCUCACACGUUUCCAGCCAUUGUACUAGGAUUAACGGAGAAGUUGACGAAAUACAAUUCGAAGGCGAACGCCAAGGUAGCCAGCAUGGCACAGAGCCUUCGAGCAGAGAUGGUAGAAUUGCUAGGAGAGAAUGGUAUCUUCUUAUACCCUUCACACCCUGUACUAGCUCCCAAGCAUCACGUGCCUUUGGGCAUGCCCUUCAAUUUUGCCUACACAGCCAUCUUCAACAUUCUGGGCUUACCCGUGACGCAGUGUCCUCUUGGCUUGAGCAAGGACGGACUCCCUUUAGGCAUCCAGGUGGUGGCCGGACCCAAUAAUGACCACUUGACCUUGGCCGUGGCACAAUACUUGGAGAAGGCCUUUGGCGGCUGGGUUCCCCCCGGCCAAUCCUAACACGAGUUUCCCCCGGGAUCUGAAGACCAAACGGAGAAGAACGCUAUCCUCAUCUGUGAAAUCUAGAGCUAGGUGUCUGGGCUUGAGGUUUUUGAAGGGCUGUGUCACCUUUCCUAACGCAACCCAAGGGGAUAGACAUCGGGCCAUGAACGUGUUAGCUAGGUUAGACCGUUUGCCGGCAAAGCCAAAGUGGUGAAGGAGUCAACUAGGUCUUCCCUUUGACUUCCUUGCUAGAUUUUUUGAGGGGGGAGGAUGCUGUCUCAGGGAAAAGCAAGGCUGAGAGAAAAUGAUGGGUGUUGUGAGGUGAACCCUUUUUACCCUUCGUUGGUAGAAGUAGGAUUUGGGUGUCCUCUGCUGCUGUUACUUCUUCUUCUUCUUCUUCUUCUUCUUUUUUGGGGGGCUGCUUAGAAAAUAAUAUUAGACCAAGAGAGAUCUUGAUGGAGUUGCAUUCCUCUGAUAGAAAGAACGGGAGAAACCAAGGUUCCCUUACUCGAUUUGCACCGAGAAAAAGCCCUGCGACCUUGGUGUUGCUUCACCUCUUCGUGGACUUCUACUCAAGUGGAGGUUGAUGUUGACGACGUCAGUGGGAGAAUUUAAUUUAAUUUAAUUUAAUUAAUCAUAUUUCUAUGCCGCCCAACUCCCAAGGGAGAGGCGCAGAGCAGGAACCAAGUCCACUGAAAGAUGUAUUGAUGGGCUCAAGAAAAUUCUGGUUAAGAGUCUGAUGUGGCUCAGUGUUUCUGCCUUAGGCACUUCCUUCUUCUUCUUCUGUAGCAAUCAGAUAUGGGUCCAUAGAACCAGGAGUCCAAGUCAUGCUUUAUGUCGACAAAAGAACUUUAUCCUGUUUGAUGGUUGAUCCUUAACUGUGUUGCACGCACCACUUUAUGGAUUGGGGUGCCUGCGGUGGGACACGGUGGUCCCGUCCCUUGAUUCUCGUGGGCCCACUAGGAUGAAAUAUGUACUGCUGUCCUGACAAAUCAAUAUAAUGUAAUGAAUGUAUUAUUACCUGACCCUGGA